AUUGUUGCAGUGACACUAGCAACCUCGACGGUGCUGGCGGCACCGCAGCAGGGCUACGCCAGCUUCCUUCCAGCCUCACCUGACUUCACCGCCUUCUUGGAAGCUCAGGAGAGCCGCCUUCAGAAACAGCUCAUCCCGGCCCCCGCCAGACAUGACGAAUCAGCAGUAGGAACAGGGAACGAGCACCACCACCAUGACGACCAUGGCCACCAUGGCCACCAUGACCACCAGACAGGGCUACAGUGGCUCCGAGAUUCCGUGCCUGGCGAGCCUGGCCAAGACUACCCUAUAUAUUGGCGAGUUCCAGAGACCAGCUUCUCCUGCGAGGGUCGCCUGCCAGGUUAUUACGCCGACACAGAGACGAGGUGCCAGGCGUUUCACAUCUGUAAUGUGGUGGAAAUCAAAUCGUUCUUGUGUCCUAAUGGCAGCAUCUUCAACCAGCAACACUUUACCUGCGAGUGGUGGAGCAGUGUGCAAUGUGAAACCUCUCCAGACUUCUAUAGUCUCAACAACCACAUCGGCAUAGUGGGACAGGAGUCCAAGAGCUGGAUAACCAUCAAUGGACAGGACUUCGACAGCCGGUUAGAUGCCCAGAGGGCGCAAGAUGUCUUGCAACAAGUGCAACAGAGUCAACAGGUUGCCCACGAAGUGCCACUCUUCCCAGUUCUUCAACCGAUAGCAGUUGGCAGCACCCAGAAAGUGAUUGACUUCGAGUUCACAAAACCAGAUCCGCGAGAGCAGACCAGCGAAGAUCACCAGCAGGUUGGCGAUGUCUCACUCCAGCCGGUGCAACAAGAUACAGAUUCAGUCUCUGUCGGAGAUGGCAGCCUCCAAGAAGACUCUGGCUUCAUUGCCGAAGAUGUUCAGCAAGUUCCCCAGGACUUUGGUCUUGUUGCUGAUGUCACUGAUGUGGUUCAACCUGGAGAGGACUUUCUUCCCGAUGUCACUGAAGUUGUUCAGCAGGGCUAUGACCUCACCCCACCGGUAACUGAAGUUCAGCAAUUUCAGCAGAACGGUGACUUUGGCUCAGAGGCGAAAGGAAACGGUUAUCAAGUUCAGGAGGACCUUGUUCCAGAUGUACCUGAAGUGGUUCAGCAAGUUCAGGAGGACCUUGCUCCAGAUGUACCCGAAGUGGUUCAGCAAGUUCAGGAGGACCUUGUUCCAGAUGUACCUGAAGUGGUUCAGCAAGUUCAGGAGGACCUUGUUCCAGAUGUACCUGAAGUGGUUCAGCAAGUUCAGGAGGACCUUGUUCCAGAUGUGACUGGAGUGGUUCAGCAAGUUCAGGAGGACCUUGUUCCAGAGGUAACCGAAGUUGUUCAGCAAGUUCAGGAGGACCUUGUUCCAGAUGUACCUGAAGUGGUUCAGCAAGUUCAGGAGGACCUUGUUCCAGAGGUAACCGAAGUGGUUCAGCAAGUUCAGGAGGACCUUGCUCCAGAUGUACCCGAAGUGGUUCAGCAAGUUCAGGAGGACCUUGUUCCAGAUGUACCUGAAGUGGUUCAGCAAGUUCAGGAGGACCUUGUUCCAGAGGUAACCGAAGUGGUUCAGCAAGUUCAGGAGGACCUUGUUCCAGAUGUGACUGGAGUGGUUCAGCAAGUUCAGGAGGACCUUGUUCCAGAUGUACCUGAAGUGGUUCAGCAAGUUCAGGAGGACCUUGUUCCAGAGGUAACCGAAGUGGUUCAGCAAGUUCAGGAGGACCUUGUUCCAGAUGUACCUGAAGUGGUUCAGCAAGUUCAGGAGGACCUUGUUCCAGAUGUGACUGGAGUGGUUCAGCAAGUUCAGGAGGACCUUGUCCCAGAUGUACCUGAAGUUGUUCAGCACGUUCAGGAGGACCUUGUUCCAGAUGUGACUGGAGUGGUUCAGCAAGUUCAGGAGGACCUUGUUCCAGAUGUGACUGGAGUGGUUCAGCAAGUUCAGGAGGACCUUGUUCCAGAUGUGACUGGAGUGGUUCAGCAAGUUCAGGAGGACCUUGUCCCAGAUGUGACUGGAGUGGUUCAGCAAGUUCAGGAGGAUUUUGUUCCAGAGAUUACUGAAGCUGUUCAUCAUGUUCAAGAGUACCUUGUUCCAGAGGUAAAAGAUGUACCACAAGUUCAGCAAGACUUGGACCUUAUUCAGACAGAGGUGACGGAAGGUCAGGAAGUUCAGCAAGAUUUUAGCCAUGUUCCAGAGGACACUGAAAGAACUCCUGAAACACAAGAGGUAACUGAAAUUAGAGAUGAUGUUCACCAAGUUGUGGAUCUUGUUCCCGAGGAGGAACCUGCUGUUUCUGAAGUGACUGAAGAUGUGGAUCAUGUUCCAGAGGAGGAACCUGCUGUUUCUGAAGUGACUGAAGUUGUGGAUCAUGUUCCCGAGGAACAACCUGCCGUUUCUGAAGUGACUGAAGUUGUAGAUCAUGCUCACGAAGAACAGCCUGCUUCUGAAGUCACUGAAAUAGGUCAGGAAGAUCAAGACCUUGCUCCGGAAGUGAAGGAGGUCGCUGAAGAAGUUCAGUACGGGUACGAAUACCCUCCCAAAGAGACUGGUAUUGUGUUAGAAGGUCAGCGGGAGACAGAUGUCACCUCCGGAGUAGUUACAGGGGUUCAGGACAUCGGUGAAGGACUGGAUAGUGUCUCUGAAGGACUGGAUGGUGUCUCUGAAGGAUUGGAUGGUGUCUCUGAAGGACUGGAUGGUGUCUCUGAAGGACUGGAUGGUGUCUCUGAAGUAUUGGAUGGUGUCUCUGAAGGACUAGAUGGUGUCUCUGAAGUGCUGAAUGGUGUCUCUGAAGGACUGGAUGGUGCAUCUGAAGUACUGGAUGGUGUAUCAGGACUGGAUGGUGUCGACGUUCGACAGCCACAGGAAGAAUCGAACUUGGUGCCCGGCAAGGAAGUGCAGCCUGAAGUCCCUACUGUACCUGAACAAGUGUUCACUCAGCCUGAACAAGUGCUCCCUCAGACCGGAUAUAUCAUUGAUGCACCUGAACAAGUGUUCCCUCAGCCUGAACAAGUGUUCCAUCAAACUGAAGACAUCACUAGUGCACCUGAACAAGCGUUCUCUCAGCCUGAACAAGUGUUCCAUCAAACUGAAGACAUCACUAGUGCACCUGAACAAGUGUUCCCUCAGCCUGAACAAGUGUUCCAUCAAACUGAAGACAUAACUAGUGCACCUGAACAAGUGUUCCAUGAAACUGAAGACAUAACUAGUGCACCUGAACAAGUGUUCUCUCAGCCUGAACAAGUGUUCCAUCAAACUGAAGACAUCACUAGUGCACCUGAACAAGUGUUCCCUCAGCCUGAACAAGUGUUCCAUCAGACUGAAGACAUCACUGGUGCACCUGAACAAGUGUUCCCUCAGCCUGAACAAGUGUUCUCUCAGACCGAAGACAUUGAUGGUGCACCUGAACAGGUGUUCCCUCAGCCUGAACAGGUGUUCCCUCAGCCUGAACAAGUGUUCCCUCAGCCUGAACAAGUGUUCUCUCAGACUGAAGACAUCACUAGUACACCUGAACAAGUGUUCCCUCAGCCUGAACAAGUGUUCUCUCAGACUGAAGACAUUGCUGGUGCACCUGAACAAGUGUUCCCUCAGCCUGAACAAGUGUUCUCUCAGACUGAAGACAUUGUUGGUGCACCUGAACAGGUGUUCCCUCAGCCUGAACAAGUGUUCCCUCAGCCCGAACAAGUAUUCCCUCAGCCUGAAGAUAUUGGAUCAUCACAAGGUUCCCAACUGUCCCUGGUAGAGCCAGAGGUGGAGACUGAUGUUAUAUCUCUCCUUCCUGGAGCAACUGAUGAAAGUGACCUCAGUGAAGUGUCACCUGUAGCUGAGGUCACCACUGAGUGUGAAGGACACACUGUCGACUGCACACCACGACAGGUCAAUGAGAUCACUCAACUGUAUGAAGUACCUGUCAAAGGUACCGGGGCCUCUGAUAUAGAAGCUGACAUCCGUCAAGGAUCCCCGUCUGGCAUUGAGUCCGGUCUUGGGGAGGAAUUUAUUGUACCUGGUGUGUCUCAACUCACCCCUGGUGAGAGCUUCCCUCAAGAGGAGGAGCAUGUAUCUCUGCCCAGUGAGCUCCCUACUGAGGAUCAGCUCAGUACUGAUAGUGAAAGUGAAACUGCUACUGAUGAUUUCAAAGAGCCAAUUCAAGUCCUGCCUCUGGAUGCUGUCAAGACAGCAGAAGAUACAUAUGAACCUAUUCAGUUUCCCGUCCAAGACCAGCACAGUCUAGUUUCUCCAUCUGGUGAGUCUCCUGAGUUGUCCCAAGUCAGUGAUGAUGUGCCAGCUUCUGUCCCAGUAGAAAGUGGACUGGAACAAGAGACAAGAGUAGAAUCUGGAGACAGUACUGUGACGGGGGAAGUGGUAUCAGUAGGUCCAUUGCUCUCUGCUUUCCCAGCCACACAUUCUGCUGAUUUUGCACCACAAAAUGUGACUGCACUCGGACAACAAGAGAUCCAGGAAGGUCAGUCUGUUCCACUGGAAGUGUCUGAACAGACAUUUCAAGGACAACAUGAGGAAUUACAUAAAUUUGACCUGACAGAAGAAAUCACAACCAGUCCCGAUAUUUCAGAUACUGAGCAAUUCACAGACAGUUUAAUUCAGUGUAGUCAAUUUGUCUGUGUAAGCCCACAGCAAGACAGUGAAGUACAACAUGAACUGUCUACUGAGCCUAUCUUGCCAACCGGUGUUGCUGAAACGGUGAAGGAGCAAGACUUCCCUCUGGAUCCUUCACUAUUACAUGAAGCACAAGACAUUGCUCUUGGUGAUACAGAGGUGACCGAGGUAGGAUCAGAGCCAGUUACUGACGUUCCACAUCCAAGAGAAGAGCCUGAAGAAUCAGAUAGGUUUGACAAACCUCAGGAACAUACAUAUGAUACAGAAGCUCCACAAACUUUAGUUCCGUCUGACAAGACUGACAGCCUGGGAGAUAGUUUAUUACUCUUUUUCCAAGUAGCAACAGAUGUACCAGAAGUGAUCAGUGAAACUGUACAGCCUCAGGUACUGGAGACUGCAAGUGAGACUUCAGAUGAUCAGCAUCCACCUACGCUCACUGUGACUCCCACUGCCCAGGAUUCCGAGAAUGAAAUUGCUGAUGGAUUUGCUCCCGAGUCCCAUGUUGUGGCAGAGCAAGAGCCUACCCCUGGAUCUCUUGACCAUCUCUCAGUGGGUGUGGAUCAGCAUGAGGCUGAGGCAGCAGUUGAACAUCAUGUACCAGCUGCUCAAACUAUUGAACACCAAGACACUAUUAUUAUUUUCCCAACUCAGGAAACUGCCACUUUACCUGAAACACAAGAACCAGUAACCUUGAUUCCAGUCACGCAGCAUGACCACCAAGACGAGAGCCCAACACUGAUCUCAGAUGACCAAGCAGUAAGCGCCACAUUACCUUCAGCCAGUCAAGAUGAGAAUAUCACAUUCAUCUCAGCUCCCCUGGAAGAUAAGAGUCAUCCAGGGGAUGACGAGAGUGCCCCAAGUCAAAAUGGUGCUCAAGCUGCAGUCUUCCCCACUGGCCCAGACACAGACACAUCCUUCUCAGUCUUCAUACGUGAAGGAACCGCCUCAGAACUCGCUGCUGGAGUACCCACGUCCCUCUUUCCUACCGAGCUAGGGACAAAAGAAGACACAGUUUCCCUGGACGUAUCACAGGUCGUGCAAGAAUCACAACCACUGCAGGAAGAAGUUGAGGCAGUGGAGCAGCCUCAGGUCAGGUCCCCACCACGAAUUCCCAGUUCCUACCUUCCUCCACACAAAUAAAUCAAUCCCUGGCUCUCUACCCGGAAAUAGGAAAAUCUAGUUUUAUAUUUUUACUUAUAUAUUUAUAAUGUGUGUGUGUUGUACGAAUAUAGUAUUGCUCAAUAUGUGUGUAGAGGUACGUAAGGGUGUAUCUACCUGUGAAGCCACAGGCUGGGAAACAUUGGAACCAGCGUCUUCUUACGUUGGUUGGGGAAUUUGUAGGCGCUAUAUUUAGUGGUCUUCUGAGUGACUAAAUUUUUGUAUGCGAGUAACCAAAGAAUAAUGGACGAUAAUCUAUAGCUUACAAAAAUAAAAACUCUUCAUAUUU